GGGUGGGCCACUGGGGCCGGAAGUGAGUGCCGGCGCCGGGCCCCGAGUCUGACAGGAGUAGCACACACGCCUCUGUCCUACCUGGAGGCGGGAGCGGGGUGCCGAAGCCGCACGCCCUGCCCCGCUCCGCUAUGGGUCUCCUGUCGGACCCGGUGCGCCGGCGCGCUCUUGCCCGCCUCGUGCUGCGCCUGAACGCGCCGCUCUGCCUGCUGAGUUAUGUGGCGGGCAUCGCCUGGUUUUUGGCGCUGGCUUUCCCGCCGCUGACCCAGCGCACUUACAUGUCGGAGAACGCCAUGGGGUCCACCAUGGUGGAAGAACAGUUUGUGGGUGGAGACCGCGCCCGGGUCUUUGCUCGGGACUUCGCUGCCUACCGCAGAAAGUCUGGGGCUCUGCCAGUGGCCUGGCUGGAGCGGACGAUGCGGUCAAUAGGGCUGGAGGUCUACACGCAGAGUUUCUCUCGAAAACUGCCCUUUCCAGACGAGACCCACGAGCGCUAUAUGGUGUCAGGCACCAACGUGUAUGGCAUCUUGCGGGCCCCUCGUGCUGCCAGCACCGAAUCCCUGGUGCUUACUGUACCUUGUGGCCCUGACUCUGCCAAUAGCCAGGCUGUGGGGCUGCUGCUAGCACUUGCUGCACAUUUCCGAGGGCAGAUUUACUGGGCCAAAGAUAUCAUCUUCCUAUUGACUGAACAUGAUCUUCUGGGCACUGAGGCUUGGCUUGAAGCCUACCACGACGUCAAUGUUACUGGCAUGCAGUCAUCCUCCCUGCAAGGCCGGGCUGGGGCCAUUCAGGCAGCAGUGGCCCUGGAGCUGAGCAGUGAUGUGGUCACCAGCCUUGAUGUGACUGUAGAGGGCCUCAAUGGACAGCUGCCCAAUCUUGACCUCCUCAACCUCUUCCAGACUUUCUGCCAGAAAGGGGGGCUGCUAUGUACACUUCAGGGCAAGCUGCAACCCCAGGACUGGACCUCGCUGGAUGGACCACUGCAGGGGCUGCAGACACUGCUGCUGAUGGUUCUGCGGCAGGCUUCUGGCCGUCCCCAUGGCCCCCAUGGCCUCUUCUUGCGCUAUGGGGUAGAGGCUCUCACCCUUCGUGGUAUCAAUAGCUUCCGCCAGUACAAGUAUGACUUGGUAGCAGUGGGAAAGGCUUUAGAGGGCAUGUUCCGAAAGCUCAACCAUCUCCUGGAACGCCUGCACCAGUCCUUCUUCUUCUACCUGCUCCCUGCUCUCUCCCGAUUUGUCUCCAUUGGUCUCUACAUGCCUGCCGCCGGCUUCUUGCUCCUGGUCCUUGGUCUCAAGGCUCUGGAACUGUGGAUGCAACUGCACGAGGCUGGAGUGGGCCCUGAGGAAGGUGGAGGGUCCCCUGGACCCAGCGCCUCCCUCCUCCCAGCACAGGGUGUGGGGCUGGCCUCGCUCGUCGCACCCCUUCUGAUCUCUCAGGCCGUAGGCCUAGCCCUCUACAUCCUGCCUGUGCUGGGCCAACAUGUGGCCACCCAACACUUCCCAGUAUCUGAGUCUGAGGCUGUGGUGCUGACACUGCUGGCAAUUUACGCCGCCGGACUGGCCCUUCCACACAACACCCACCGAAUGGUGACCAUACAGGCUCUAGACAGAGGGUGGAUGACCCUGAAAUUGGUGGCCCUGAUUUACCUAGCACUACAGCUGGGCUGCAUUACCCUCACAAACUUCUCACUGGGCUUCCUGCUAGCUGCCACCAUGGUGCCUGCUGCUGUACUCACCAAGCCCCAAGGGCCCCGGCCACUCUAUGCUGCCCUUCUGGUGUUGACCAGCCCAGCAGCUGUGCUCCUGGGCAGCCUGUUCCUGUGGCGAGAACUGCAGGAGGUGCCGCUGUCACUGGCGGAGGGCUGGCAGCUGUUCCUGUCAGCACUGGCACAGGGCGUGCUGGAACACCACAUUUAUGGUGCCCUGCUUUUCCCACUGCUGUCCUUGGGCCUCUAUCCCUGCUGGCUGCUCUUCUGGAAUGUGCUUUUCUGGAAGUGAGGUCUGCUGUCUGGACACAUGUUGGGGCAGUACUCUCCAAGCCCCGAAUUCUACCUCCUCCCUAGAAAAUAAAGAAGUGCUGUGUUUCAGCUGUC